GAGACGGCGCUGAGCAAGCUGCAGUGCAGCAACGUCACAAACAGAAUAAAAUUCCAAAUACACACAAUAAUUUCAAUAUAAAAAAAGUUUAUUGGUUUAUAUUUAUAUAUUAUAUACUGUGAAAAAUAUUACAAACAUCAAAUGAAUAUCAGUGAAUAUUGUGAACUCUGUUAAAUCGCAGAGUUUUUAUACACUUGUGUUAUAAAAAUAAAAAAAUAUACAAAUUUACAUACAUAAAAAAUGUCAAUUGAAUGUGAAAAAUUACGACAUUAUACAUAAUAAUAAAUAAAUAAAUACAUUUUAAUUAUUAGUUAUUUAAAAAAUUUUAAAUUUAAAUGUCAAAUAUUUUAAGGGAUGAAAAGAGAAAAAAAAGAAACAAGGAUUUAAAAAUUUUAAAAGAAAAUAAAUAAAUAAUAAAUAUAAUAAUGGUAUUAUGAGAAAAAAAAAAAAAAGUAAAUCUACUUAUUGUGAUUUAAGUAUUUUCUUAAUCAUUUAUUUAAUUUGUUAAAUAAUUUUUGAAAAUAUAUAUAUAUAUAUUUUUUUGUCAAUAAUUGUCGAUAUUCUAGAGUUACAUGUUCAGUAGUCGCAUGUCUUCAUUGUCAGACCGAGUAAGGGUGGUGACAUAUUAAUAUUUAUCAAAUAAAUAAAUAAUAAAUUAUAUUUGUUUUUUUAUUUUUUUUUUUCUAAUAAAUAAAUAAGUGAUUGGUGAAAUAAUUUUUUCAAGUGAAAUUUAUUUGUGUUGUUUAAUUAUUUAUUUAUUUAAUUAUUCAGACAAAAAUAAUAUACAUAAGUGGAAUAAUAAUUUUGUUAUUGCCUCGUUAAAAAUAAUUUAAUAUUAGUAUUAAAUAAUACAAUGUUUGUGUGUGGUGAUAUGUUGUGAGGGUAUGAGGAAUGAGGACCAAGGGGAUGAUAAUAAUUUUAGAUCAGAAAUGUUGAAAUUUGGUAGUAAAAACGAUAUAACGGUGGUGCAUCGUGCCACUAUCAGAUUACUUGAUGAUUCAGAAAUAAUUCAUUGUGAUUUUCAGCCUCAACAUAAAGGACGUUACAUACUUGAGUAUGUAUGUAAACAACUUAACAUCAUCGAGACAGAUUACUUUGGGCUUCGUUAUGUCGACCACUGCAGGCAGCGUCACUGGUUGGACCUAGCAAAAACAGCAAUUAAACAAAUAAAAGAUAUGGAUCCAAUACUAUUUACCUUUCGUGUCAAAUUUUAUCCUCCUGAUCCCUUGAGGUUGAGAGAAGAAAUAACACGAUAUCAGAUUUAUCAACAGUUAAAAAGAGAUCUAUUACAUGGUAGACUUUAUUGUAGUCCAGGUGAAGCAGCAUUACUAGCAGCUUGUAUACUUCACAAUGAAUUAGGAGAGUAUGAUCCAGAGAUACAUAUGGGUAAUUAUAUAUCAGAGCUAAAGAUACUAUUAAAACAGACUGAUACAAUUGAAGAAAAAGCCAUGGAACUUCAUCAAACACAGCUCAAAGGUUUCACUGCUGAACAAGCUGAAAUACAUUUUCUUCGUAUUGCUGCACAACUUGAUACUUAUGCGGUUGAUCCUCAUCCUGUCAAGGAUCACAAAGGAACACAAUUAUAUCUAGGAAUAAAUCAUCAUGGAAUAUUAACAUUUCAAGGAUCAAAAAAAACAAAUCAUUUUCGUUGGUCUGAAGUACAAAAAAUUAAUUACGAAGGAAAAAUGUUUAUUGUACAUUUAACUAUAACUGAGGACUUGAGGACGAAGAAAAAACAUACUGUUGGAUUUAAGUGUCCUACUGGUUCAAAUCGUCGGCAUGUAUGGAGAUGUGCUAUUGAACAAAUGCUUUUUUUCACGUAAUUUGCCAAAGCCGCUGAUGCACCAGUAGUGAGUGGUGGUUCAAUAUUUUCAUGGGGAACAACAUUUAAAUAUACAGGCAGAACAGAAAGAGAAGUGUUGGAAGAAAAUGCAGCAUCUUUAAGUUCAGGUGAGGGAUCAUCAUUACGUAGUAAAAGUGAUACACCAGUUCAACGGUGUCAAACAAGUGGAUUACGUAGAAAAGCAAGCAGUGUACCAGCAACACCAAGUACACCAAGUCAAGAUCUCAUUGAAAUUAGAUAUUCAAGUUUACCAAGAAGUUGUCACAGUGCUGGUUUAGACGGUGCUGGUAUGUCUGAAUCAGGAACAAGUGCUCCAACAUCAGGACAAUCUUAUUGUCCUGAUAACACACUACCAUCAUUGGAAACUGUAUCAGAGGACCAAGAAAUAUAUGCCAAAAGAAAUAAUGGUUAGUUAUUAUUUUUAGGACAACUUUUUAUACAAACAAACAAACAAACAUAC